UUAACGUAAAUGAGGGAUUGAGCGGCGUUUUCUCCCUGCUCCCUAAUGAUUCUUGCCUGCAAACACAAUACAAAACAAACAAUUUAAUUUUUCACGGUCUGUGCACAUAAAUUACGUAAAACUUGUUUAUGCAUUCCAUACGUGUAACCUACAUAUUGCAUUACAGAUGACGUAAACGUGUUUACUAUAAUUGUUGUUUGAUUGUCAAUCCCAAAACGGUCUUGAAUAAAAAUUGCAUUUUAAACUCCAUGGAUGUUUUUAAUAAGAAAAGAUUUCUUUUAAAUGUCAGGGCUAUGAAUUCAUUCAGAUAGGAAAACCAAUUCCAUGACUAACUACGAAAGUAUUGAGUUUGGAGUGGAUCUCGUGAAAGCCUCUCAAGCAGAAUACGACUUUCUGCUCGAAGUGCAAGGUUUGGAGUGCUUAAGGAACGAUGCGGUACUUCAAAAUGCCAUUCGCCGAUACGAAAGUUUAUGGCUUCCUCUAGUUGCAUCUAAAACUGAAAACAUAAAUUUACCAGAAUGUUUAUUACCCCCGAUAGAUAUAGCUUGGGUGUGGCAUUGUCACAUGCUAGCACCCCAUAAGUACGCCGAGUAUUGUCUUUCAUUAUUCGGAAAUGUACUAGAUCAUUCUGUGACUAAAUUAACGGAUGCCUACGAAUCAACAAAGUCUACUUGGCGACUUCUUUAUCCUGAUGAGCCGUUUGAGGUGAGCAAUGACUUAAUAGACGGAAAUAUUCUCCAUAUUCCACUACACCAAAGUAAAAGUGAUUCAUUUGAUCUUUUGGAGGCCAUUCAUCGACAACAAGACUUUGUCUAUAACAUUCAUUUACCUCAUUACAGAGAUACUAAGUUUCUCGAGGCUGCAGUGACAAGGUACAAAAAGUAUCUUUUUCUGAAAAAGAAAAAUCCAGCUGAGUUUCUUGUUCCAUGUUACGACAUUGAUUUGGUCUGGCACACUCAUCAACUUCAUCCGAUUGAUUACGAACGGGUCACAAAGUCUUUGCUCGGUCGUCUGCUCAUUCAUGAUGAUACUGACAGCGAUAGAAACCCAGGGUCCAAACUUUCAAAUGCAUAUGGAAGAACGAGUAAUCUUUGGAAAAAUGAAUAUGAAGAGACAUUUGCUACAGCUGGCGCCAUGUAUCGAGGCGAUUCUCCAAAAGGAAGACUUUACCUCCUUACCCCUUCGGAUAUCGAACAUAUUUCUGGUAGAAAAUCUGUGAUCGUUAUCAACAGUAUUUCCAUAACAAAAGUUAAUAAAAAUGACAAGAAGGAUGUUAAACUUCAAAUUUUGAGAACCAAUUUAUUCCAACAGUCCACUUUGAUUCAAACAUUAUCUGGUAAAAUGGGGAAUAUGACCUGGAAUAAUCAAAACUUACAAUUCUCUUAUGGUCCUACGGAUAAAACAAUUAACUUUAAGCUUACCGCUCGAAAAAAACUCUUUAGUGGAAAAUCUCAAACUAUCGGUGAAUUUCAAGAAAGAUUUGGGCAAGUGAUUUACAAUCACGAGCUUCAGAAUGGGGGAGUAUUUAAAUCAGAAGGGAACAUGAAAUUGAAAAACAUAUCCCUUGAAGCAAAAUAUAUGGUAAGUGGGAGUAUUGGACGCCUGUUUCGGGCCGAUACCAUAUUACUUCUGGAAACAGCUGGUUUUGAAGCAGAUAUUAAUUUGCCGUCCAAUGAAGAUGAGUUAUGGGGCCCUGUUCCUUUGCACAAGUCCAAUGCUGAGAACAUUUGUCAUGUUGCCUCACACAGCUUACGGAGAUUAGAUGGAAAUGUGAUUUUCACUUGUCGGAUCAUACACAGCGUUAAGAUGAUGACGUCAGUUGUGCAGAUUUUCUUCCAAGACAAAAUGGCAGCAGUUGCUCAUGUCAUUGGAACUGAACAACUACCGAUGAAAUCACAGAUAUCCGGAAACUUGUCAUUGAACCCAAGUGAAAAGGAAAGAGCGAUAUUAAUUAAAACAGGAGAGGGUGAUUCAAUGAUUCUAGUGGGAAAAUGGACUGGAUUUGUUCGAGGGGUACCUGGUAUAAAAGGUAAACCGGGUCAGCCAGCAAAUUUUAAACUUGGUAUCCGAGCUGAACGGGGCAGGUCUGGAUUUUUCGGCAUCCCAGGUAACCCCGGUCAUCUUGAAAUCAAGGUAUAUAGAAUUAAUUCAAAACAUUUUCAAAGGGAGGAAACCAUUUCUAUCCCUCAAUAUGACGUUUUAGAAUUUGAGGGAUUAACCUUAGAUUUUCAAAGAGGGAUAAUAACCUGCAAUGAAAUGAAAAUAGAUAACAUUCUUCAUUAUGUAUCAUUUUCGUUUUCCAUUGCACUUCUUCACGUAUUAUGUGUGCCACGUCCUGCGAAUUGGAAACCGGGAGAGUCUCUCAAGCCAAAACUUGAAAAAAGAGGAGAUAGAACAGUAGAAAGGUUUCCUGACGAAGAAAUCACCUUCUUGAUGGCGGCUGGCUUACACUGCUUGACGCCCUCUAAUCAUUACAUUCAUAACAACGUCAAUGCAAAUCUUUGUGCAAGAUGUGCUUCCGGAGGAAUAACGUCGAGCUCUUGUGGCAUCGGAAUCAGUCAAAAACUAAAUGCAAUUGAUACAGAAAAAGAUUGUAAUGAUGGAAAAGAAGUUGAAAAUGCUGAAUAUGGAGGAAGUUGCGGCGGAUGUGGUGGUUGCGGCGGUGGAUGUGGUGGUUGUUUGAGUGUAAUUAAAAGUGAUGAUAUUGGUGGUGGGAGAGGUGGUAAUUAUGGCGGUGGAGGAGGCAGAGAUACAAGUAGGAGUGCUACAUCGAGUUAUGGAAGUAGCUCGUACGGUACCAGCAAUUUUGAAAUUGUACAUAGUUUCCACACAAGCUGUGGUAGUAGUUGUGGUUGUAGUGGAGGAGGGGACCAUAGUGGUUGUGGGGGAUUCUGUGAUUAAUAUACAUUUAUUGGUAUUCAAAUGCAGAGAAUACACUUUUUACGAAAUGUGGUACUGUGAAAUGAAGUUAUUAUUUGUCCCAUUGAAUAACCACAAUAGUUUCUUUAUAUUCCAUUUAGAAUUGGCGAAUUUAUUUGCCAUUUGAUAUACCAUAUAUCAAAGCCGUUAAACUUCGUUACCAUUCUUAAUCAUAGAAAUAAUUUAAUCGUAUUAAGAAUUCACAGAAUUCAUCACAAUGUUCCAGCAGAAGUAUAAUUGAUAAUAAGAUAUAGACACAUAUUAUAUAAAGUCAAUGCAAUUAUACGUAAUGUAAAACAGAUAUGUAUGAUAUAUGUUUGAUAAUAUGAUAUGAUUUUUUAAUAUAAAACAUUCGUUUUUAAAAACAUUUACUGUGUACAAUAAAUAUUUAAGAAAGCU